AUGAGAUACUGGUCCUGUGCCCCCCACACCAGUCUGCUACAGACCACGACCUACCUCCACGGAAUGCUAGCCUCUCCCGCAAACGGUUCGCUCGACUUCGUCCUCGUCCUCGUCUCACCGUCAUCCCCGACGGAUCCGGAUUCAGACCCACCUCGCGGCAAGGUGAUCGGCAAAGCCGGCAUCUGGAGCCUUUCGAAUUCCGAAAUCGGGUUUCUGCUCCACCGCGAUGUCUGGGGCGAAGGGUACAUGGCCGAGGCUCUCACCGCGCUGUUGGGCCCCAACGGGGUGUUUUGGAAGAGAGGCGUAGAGGGGGUGGUGGCGGAUGUGGAUCCGAGGAAUGAGGGGAGUAUGGGGAUCCUGAGGCGGUUUGGGUUUGUGGAGACGGGGAGGGAAGAUAGGACGUUCGAGACGCAUUUGGGGUGGUGUGAUAGUGUUUAUUUGGAGCUGAGGGGUCGCUUAGCGAAGCAGGAGUCGUAA